GCUGGACUUACAGUCCAACUUACGCCUUCAUUGGUCAAAAUGAUGAUGAGGCACACCUCACAUGUGCGUGGGGAGCUCAAAACCAAGAUGCGUGGUCUCACAGCCUCCUUUUUUGGCUUCCGCACAAGCUGUUCUAUUGCGGCCCUUAAAGCAAACUGUGACUUGGCUGAGGCACUCAAGGAAGGAGUGUCCUUCGUUUUCAAGGAUUGGGAAAUGAAAUUCAGCAUAUACAAAUCCGAUUUAAUCCAGUCAGGGAUAAAUGAUAUGUGGUUUGUGAACCGCCUUGAUGAAGGUAUAGUCUAUGCUAAAUACUUCGACCCUUUGCCUGUGAAGAUGAUGGCACUUGUACUCACAGUGGUUAGU